CGAAUCCCGAAAAGCUUUAUUCACUGGUUCGAACGACUAAACAACUUGGACAAGAGCUCCUCGUCAUCAAAAUACCCUCAAGACCUAAUAAUAUUAUACUUUUUCUCAUGGCCUAGUCUGGAAUCCAUCGAUGGAUGAUGAAUAUUGAUUUUGCUUCCAAACCCCCCCUCCAGUGGCUGAAUAACAUUGAAUGCUUCGUAUUAACUUUUCCAUCUCCCCGCGUAAAGUACGUGUAGUCGUAUUGUCAUUCUAUACCUCUCUCCCUUUUCUUCUUCUUUUCCAAAAACCAAUUUGUUUCCUUUCUCAAUCUUCAUCAAUCGUUUAUUAUUCAUCUCCAUUCAUCUCCAUUCAUCGUUUUCCUAUUACCUACUACGUAUUAGGUGCGCAACGUGUGAAGGCUUGAAGAAAAAAAGCUGGGCAAAUAAACAAACAUAAACAAAUCUGCAUUCAUCGGUCAUCCACAAGAAGAAGAAAAAGGAAAAAAAAAAAAAAAGAUACAUUCGCUGCAGUACUUCCGAUCCAAGAUCUGAUUCACAUCAUACGAAACCAUCAAUCGUUAUAUCUGGAGAUUAUUUGGGGGGAAGAAAGCUUAACAUCAAACGCAUUUUUGAUCGUCUUCAAACUAUCCACUACUGUCGUUCGAUUUAUCAAAACAUCAGGUUUUUAAUUCUCGUCAAGCUUAAUCCAAACACUGUGAAACGGAUAUCUGCUUUUGAUAUAAAGCCGCCAAAUUCCCAACCACCUACUUUUGACGUUCACGACCGAGACUCAGACCAAAAGGACCAACUUCAUUUCAGAGUUCCACAAAUAUCCCUACAAACCUCUCGAUAUUACUCCACCACACCCAGGUUUCACGACGAUAAGGCUCAGAAUAUCUUGAUAAAAGUUGCAAUAGACCCACAACAGCGACAAUCACUGUCCACUUAUCGACUUAUACUUAGAAAUAUGCAAAACCAAAAUCAGCCGCUACCCUCGCCCCCGGGCAAUCAAGAGCGGCCUGGGAACCGCCAAAGAGCAAAGACUUCAUCUGGCUUCAGCUUACAUUCUCAUAAGAGCAGUGGCAGUGGACAGAAAGUUGAUCUCACAGAAACACACCGAGAGAAGGAAGCAAAAAGACUUCAUUCCAAAGCUGAUCCAUCUCUGGCCAUGACGGAAGCCGAACCUUCUGCUGUUGCAAACGACGUCGCAACUUCGUUAGCACCCAUUCGAGCAAUUCAACACAGAGACAAUCAGGGAAACCCUAUCGCGGAUCCUGAUCGUUCAAAUCCUACGAGAAGCAGAUGGGAGAGACCUUUGGAUACAAUUCGAGCCUUUGAGGCAGCUAUUGAUGGAAACUACUCUUCAAGAAAAUCAAUGAUACGCGGUUCUGAAUCCGAGGUAGGCUCAACAUACAAUCGACGUAACAGUUACUAUGCUGCAAGUCAAAUGCACAAUGACGAACGACUAAGGUAUUCUCAGCAGAGCUAUUAUGGAGGAGGACAACAACAACCUUACAGACAGAGUAACCAAUAUGGUGGUGGUGACGGACGACCAAAUGGAAUGACAAGGCCCGAUAGUUAUUAUACUACCGAUAAUCAUGGAGGUCAUGCCAAUGGAUAUACCCCAAACAGAUCUCGAUAUCCUCGAACAGCAUCAGAGCCACAAUUUAACAGCGGUGUUUACACCGCAGCUGGAGGCCAGCAACAUUCAUAUGAAACUGUGACAACUGCCUCCGGUAGUGGAAUGUCUGGCGAAGCUCCAGAAUACUCAACCGACCCCAGCAGCUUGAAUAGUUCAGUAGAUGGACUGCAUGCGCUACCACAACAACCACAACAACCUGCGGAGACAUAUGGAUUCAAUGGAUUCGGAAAUAACCCCCAAUACCUUCCACCUGGAAGCAACAUCAAUGAACAAAACGGAGCCCGAAGACAGCAGAUUGGCCAAGGACCUACGCCCUCUAGCAAUGAUAGUACACCACGAACUCCAAUCAAUCUUGGUAUCACCAGUGAAAAUUCUUUACCUCAAAAAUCGGUCGUUCAAAUCACCAAAUCAGAGGCCAAACCCCAACCCGAGAAACGGAAAAGUUGGUUUGGAAAAAGGUUGAGCAAGAAUAAAUAAGAUAGAUGCUGGUCAUCCUCCAAUAUCUAUCACGCUAUUUACCAUCUAAUACGGAUAAAGGGAGAGAAUAAUCUUGGAGUGGAUUGUUGGAUGUAUGGUAUUGAUUUUGUUCUAAUGAUAUUCAUGACGGGCAAACAUAGGGGUGUGGGGGCCAAGGGAUAUAACGGAAUACACUUGGAUGCGGUUGGAUUAUUUUUGCAUCAGAAGGCGUCUGGUGUUGUAUUUCUUUGUGUCCACCACUACUACUAUUCCCAAAAGUUGGUUUAGGAAAGGAGCUGUGAGUUUGCAGGCCUUAUGUCUGGCCUUAAUUGGCUCCUUUGCCUAGAAGAUGAUGGUUGGUGAUGCUUGGAGUCAAUGAUUUUGCAUGUGGAUGGCCUGAAUAUGAAGAUGAAUAUUUAUCGGUCUACAUAUUUCACAAUGGUUCAACAAACUUCUAUCUACCCAAUUUUUGGAAUAUUUAUGAUUUUAUUUCGCCAU